AUGGCGUCCUUGUUACCGCUCAUCUCCGAGAUCCUCCCCAUGAUCAUGCCGUCCUCGACCCGCAUCACUCGAGCCAAGCAGCUUGAGCCAGCUCACCCUACUGUCGAGGGGCCUGUCAUUCAACGAGAAGCCAUCGUUAACAAGUGCGACAAGAUGUGUGCAUUAGUGCUCACCACUCGGCCCAACUCUGCCUCCACCAUUCGUCACAAUAGCGAACAGGAUGCCAUCGUUUAUGCUGUCUCCGGAAAUGGUACCCUCGUUGUCAAUCAAGGCUUGGACAUGGACCUCAAGAAUCACGACUUGUCUCCUGGCGACUUUGCCUUUAUCCCCGCCUGGACAGAGCAUCAAGUGAAAAAUGAUAGCGAUGAGGACAUUGUGUGGCUCAUAAUCCAGAGUGGCCCUCAUCCCAUCGGUGCUGACCUGGCUGACUGGGGAGGUGAUAUGAUUACAAUGCGCGACUAA